AUGCGCCUCUUCAAAGCGCAACUGAUCUUAUGGGGGUUCUAUUCGUUACUCAUCUCUCGGAUUUCCUCUUCUCCUAUCCGCGAAGAACCCCACUCCGAAGACCUCCAAGUCAUCCAGUUCGACAAAGACGAUGAAAACACGCUCGCCCGACGAAACUUCUUCCUUGAGGAUUCGCUGCACGAACAUUCAAUCGACCCUCGCGCCCCUCCUCAACGCCCUAUUGCCACAUGCGGUUAUCAAUCAGGGGACAAGCAUGCCUCCGAUGUCCGAGGGGAAACGUUAUAUGUCUUAAAAGAGCACGGCAAGGCAUAUGGAGAGCCCAAGGAACUUUUUUGGUCCGGGAACACAAGGGAAUCGGUCCAGGUAAUGCCAAAAGCUAUUGAGGACUUGGAGAAAGCUCUGAGGCUUGGGCAUAGCGUCGAUGUCUCGCUGUCAAUGUGGGCUGUCGGCAAGGCAUUACUAGCCGCUCAUAAGAAGUGGAUUGUUCAUCGGGAUAUUAAGCUUGCCAAUAUACUUCUCGGACAACAAGGGACAUUCUUCUUGACCGAUUGGGGUGUGGCUACAAAGGUGACUGAGAGAAUCCAGACUUCUCGCGCGGGACAAAAGAAUUAUAAAGGCCCGGAGGCCAAGAACGGAGAGCCAUAUGAUAUCUUCAAGGAUGAUGUUUUCGAGUAUGCUCUAACAUACCUAGAGGCCGACCAACCACGAUACAUGCUGCAUUCAGGAUUUCGUGCAGAGGUCUAUAAUUGGCUUACGGUGCCUGGCGACAAAAAGGUCAAACCGGGCCGCUCUUAUGAGGCCACCUUCAACUAUUUAGGGGAGCGAUUCGGAAGUGCUUUAUCGGAGUCUAAAAGGGGGUUGAUCGCAAGAGGAAUAUGUAUGCAGGAUGACCGUUGGGAUCUGCCUUAUAUCCUGGGCAGGUUCAAACAGGUCAACAGGAUAUUAGAGCCAGAAGACAGACGCUAA